AUGGCAGCCCAGUUCACCAUUUUCCAACAGCUACCUCCAGAGCUACGCAUCAAGAUUUGGCAGUUCUCAAUUCCCGCCGACCAUGUGACAGAACUCGACGCGCCGUACCCAACGCGCCAACAAAGCCACUUACUUUGGCAGUCAGAUCAGCGGUUAUGUGACAUGCGCAAUGCUUCGCGCCGCAAUGGCGGACCACCAGCGGUCGGCAGAGUGUGCCGAGAAGCCCGUCAGGUCGUCCAGGAGAAUGGAUGCUAUCUGGAUAAGAAGCUUCACCCCAAUCAAGCCAACGCUACCUUCAACAAGAUCACAGGACAAUGGUUUCAGCAUCAAGAUAUCGUUCACCUGAACUGGGAUCUAAAGUACGACUCUGUAACUGCCAUCGAGGACGAGCCAAGCCCGGUACCCUCUCUGAAAGCAUGCGCUCAAUUCGCAAAGAGUGUCUCGAUCACGAACGAGCUCCUGUUGUCGGAGACCUUCUUCAACGGCCUAGACCGCGACUACCAUGGAAAACCUUUUCUUCGCCAGAGAUGGGUCCAAAAUUUACAGCUGCUGGGGUCUCUCAAAGAGUGUUUUGUCUGCUUGAUGAGUUUCAACAUCCACGCUCCAGCCCAACUCGUCGACGAGAAACAUCUAUUCGACAAUCCAAUUCGGCUUGUGAAUCCCUUUGACCACAACACUCUGGAAAGAAUGCACCGUCUAUGGGAGGAUGGGCUUCCUUUUAUCGGACAUGGCGUUGGGGACGGUGAAUCUGAGAUCUUGUUCCGCGACAUAUUGAACAGAGAUGCGUUCGAGCAUCAAGUGCAUACAUGGCGCGAAGAUGUCUGCGAUCUCUGGCUGUUUUACAGAUACACAGAGAGCUGGGCCCGCAUACAAGGUCCGAAGCAGCUGCUCUGGGAGCCACCAGCAGAUGUGGAAAUCUUCGACCCUGCCAGGAUCAACCUGAACGACCGACAGUGGAACAAGAGUCAUCCGUGGGUUAUGGCCGAACUCGAUGCUAUGCCAAAGUUCAAGCCAGUCAUCAUGUUCAGGCACUGUACGAAGAAUUGCUUCGACGUUACACCAUACCUGCGACCUCCAGUCCCAGGCUUUCCACCUAUCAUGGGGCCUCCACUACGUCUUAAUGCUACUCCAGGAUACUUCGACUUCCGUCCAAUUGGGCCUCAAUAA